AUGCUACGAGUAUAUGGCCACGGCAAUAAAGUCGAAACGACCACGGUGUAUAAAGACGACGACCUGGAGAUGGUUGUGAAUGGAGCCUUGGAUCAGGCGGACCUAAACAAGGACGAUGACCACGGCAAGACAGUCGAAACGACCAUCAUGUUCAAAGACGAGGACCUAGAGGAGAUUGUGAAUGGCGCGCUGGCGCAGGCAGACAUCAAUGAAGACGGUUUCAUAGAUUACUAUGAGUACAAAUCCGUCACU